AUGGGACGAAGCUUUAUCUUUAAGGAUGGGUUGGAGUACGACUGGGGAUUUGCUCCAAGUGAAGUUGCCAUGAUGUUGCCCAAGAACCAACUAGGCAAAACAUCAGGAGGGAAAUUUGGACAACAUGGUGACUCCCCAGAGUUCAGCAUUAAUGCCAGCUCUGGGAAGGUUUGCUCAGAGGGAUGUUUCUGUGACGAGGGCUUCCUCAGGAGUGGGAAGAGAUGUGUCCCUGUGGAAAGAUGUGGCUGUCAAUAUGAUGGUUUCUACUACAAAAAGGUUGCUCCCAGAGAUGUGAGUGCCAUGCUCCCAUUGUCCUGCGCUGUUCUGCUGCAUCCUGCACUCCUACACAUCAGAAAUGGCCAGCUGGGCUGUUUUGAUGCAUUGUCUACUUGCACUGUGUGGGGGGACCCACACUACAUCACCCUUGAUGGGGCAAUGGCUGAUUUCCCGGGCACAUGCUCUUACACAGUAGCCACCAAUAAUCACUGUGGCGACAACCGUGUGUCAUUUGUGUCAGCAGUGGAUAUAUACCUCUCAAAUCAACCAGAGAGUGCAUACAUCAGGAUUGAACCCAACAAAAGAGGAAGGGACAUGGUAGUCGAUACCAUUGACUUGAUAGUCCAGUUUGACGGCCAGAGUGCGUUACUGGUGAGAAUCGGCCAAAAUCGUGAAAAUGGAGUCACCGGGAUGGAACAUCGGCACAAAAUGACAAUGACUUUGGACACAGCUGGAAGGCACCCACAAGCCAACCAAGAUGUGGAUCCAAAGAUGAGCAAGUGAUGUCUGUCGCUUUAGGGAAAAAUACUCUGUGGUGUCGUCACCAACACCAGCGGCCCAUUCAGUGCCUGUCACCUGCACUCUGACCCCAGCCAUUUUUAAUUUCCUGUGUCUGUGAUCUCUGCCUCUACACUCCAGCCAAUGGCAUGCUGUGUUCUGCAGUCUCAGGCUCAACCUGCUCUGUUUUGGGGUUGAACAUCCCUGAGUGGCGCUCUGCUUUGCAGUGUGGUAUGUGUGCACUGGGCAGUAGAGUGAACAGUUACUGCUUGAGAAAAAUGAUGAUUCCUUAGGAGAUUAAUAGGACUUGCAAACUCUACAAGGUGUAGAUUUUUUUCUGUUACCUGUUGUGUUUCAUCACUCCUUGUCUCAGUCUUUUCCCACUAUUUCUGCAGCGGAGUCAGACCCCUGUGAACAGCUGGACUGCACAGAGUAUGAGUGGUGUGGUGAGAAAGAUGGUGUUUACGGCUGCUUCUGUGAUGAACACUAUUCUCGGCCCAACAACGAGAGCUACGGUGCAAGCUCGGUGCAACAGUAAUAACAAUGUUUGUAUGUGCGCAAAGAGGAAGAGUGUACAUUGCCUGAGUGUAGGUGCAUUAUUACUGUAAUGUACAUCCCAAAAACAAGAGCAAAUAACUCAAUAAAAUGUUAAUGUUAAAUGUUUUUUGUGAGAUUUUGGUUAAAACUAAUGAAAAAUAAUAUAAAGCAUAUUCAAUAACUUUUCAUGGUCCAGUGCGGGGAUUUACUCUACCAAAAUCUAUUUUCAUUUAUUUUCUUGGACUCGUCCAUUACUUGUGUCAGUAGUUCAGGCACAACAUCUCUGUCAUGCUGCCAGCUGUUUGAAGCUGGCUCCCAUCCUAGUGCCCUCCGCCCCCGAGAUGAUUCCUGUGAAGGGACUCUCCAGGACAGACGGCUGGUGUUUCACUUUAACAGAAGACCAGCUGUGUGGGACAGUUCUCAGGGUACAGUACAUGGCCUACAGUGUUAUCAACGCAGACUAAAGAAUAUUUUAGAUGUAAAUGUUCUCCACAGGAUAGAUUGCAUCUGUAAUAUUCAAAUGAAACUUUUUUUUAAAUCAAAAUUUUAGAGCAAUAGGACCCACUUAAUCUACUUAAUCUACUUAAUCACCAUCCAGGAUGAUGAAGGUCUAAACAUUCAUCUGGUUUUCUGCUGUGAAUACCCUUUGACUCAGGCACUGUCUAUGGACAUAGGCAUCAACCCUGUAGAGAGGUGACAGUCACAAUAGCAUCUCCCAAAAAUUUGCUGCAUAUUUUUACAACAGCACAUACAUCUACAUCUAAGUUCUUUUUAUGGUGAACAUCUGUUGAUAGUGAUGUAUCACAGUGUGUGUAAUGCAACAAAGCUUUCAAUAAUUUCACACAUCCCUAUCGAUAUAUAAUGCUAAAUCUGCACCUAGAGUAAGACUCCAUCAAAUAUGUCAGAUCUGCAGCAGUGGUUCAAUUCCCAAACCAGGGUAGGGGGUCUGACUGCAGUAUUAACUCCCCUAAACUGCUUAUAAGGUUAUGUGCUUUGCUGACAACAUUCAUACUACAGAUUCAGUUUUCCACACACUUUGUAUAAAUUAAUUGCUUAAAAAACAUUUUUGUGUGUUUAAUUAGUCUUUGAUUUGAAGAUUGAUUUACAUAGGAAUAAGUACUGGCCACUGUCUGCAUAGUACAGAUAGAAAGAUUUCAGGGGAUUUCAUUCCUAGAUUGUAUGUGAAAAACAUUUUUUUGGUCAAAAGGUUCCCUACAAGAUGCUUUCCAGUGCUUGUAUUAAUUACCAAAAAUCCACUGAAUUAUUCCUUCUCAAGUAUAGUCACAUUAUGUUGAUUUUCUGUAGCUUUUUGAGGAAGAAGCUGGCCGGGGUACUUUAAUUUAAGAAUGAUCCCCUACCAGGACGCUGGCUUCCAUGUCCCCCUGACAAGAAACAGGAACAUAGAAAUGGAAAUAGACCAGAGGUUGUAUGUGGAGGUGCGAACAGAGGGAGUUGAUGAACGGCAGAUCUCCACCAUUCUUCUUGUUGGGCCAUGCCGGUCAACAAUGCCAGCUACCCUGUCCAUUGGGAUCUCAUUAGUGUAGAGUAAAGGAGCUGUUGCAACUACACCUUGUGUCAUCACACUAAAUAGUGAAUGAAUUAAAUCCAGAUUCAGUUCUAGCCAGAUUUUUGCCUCUCUCCACUUGCUUCACCUAUCUUCUCUUCUACGACUUAACCCUGUUACCCUGGUAACUUCUCCAUCCUUCCCUGUCUUCCAGGUGUCCUAAUCCAGCAGAUGAUACAGUAGAGCUGGUUCAGAAUGGCAAUUCCACAGUGGCCAUAUAUAUAUUAUAUCCACCGUUUCAUAAUCAUCUUAAUACGCUACACUUAACUUGACAGUACUCAG